AUGUUCAAGGCGUCGUCUCCUCUCUUUUCUGGUCUUCUGUGGAAGAUCCCAUGGCGAAUCUCGCAGCCUCAGAAGGCUCGUCAGAGGAAGCGCCUUCGCUCCGUCGAUCGCGUGGUAGACACCAUCAGCGCCGCCCUUGCACGUAAUGGACAGAAGGCACGAUCCGUCGACCGGUGGUAUCGGGAAAUGCCUCGCGAGGAGGAGAUGCUGCCCAAGGAUAAAUACACUCUCUUCGACAAGAAGGAAAAGACAUACCGCAAAGGCAUUCACAGUACGUUGCCCCUAAUCGUCCGUCUUUUGCAAUCCCUCUCCACCUCGCAUGUCACGUCACUCGCCUGGGAUGUGCGGACGAAAACCAGAAUAGAAUGGGAAGCUAGAUAUUGGGAAUAUGUGAGUCUGUAG